AUGAAGUUAGUCUUCUUCUGCAUUCUUUCAACCCUGCUUGGUACCUUUGCCUAUAAUCCAGAUCACAUAGCUGGCACCACUCCCCCCUACUUAGUCUACCUGAAGUCUGAUUACUUGCCCUGUACUGGAGUCCUGAUCCAUCCUCUUUGGGUGGUCACAGCUGCACACUGCAAUUUACCGGACCUCCGGGUGAUUCUUGGGAUAACAAACCCAGCAGAUACCACAGAACAUGACGUGGAGGUGUCUGACUAUGAGAAAAUGUUCCGUCAUCCAUACUUCUCGGUCUCUUCUAUUUCAUAUGACCUUAUGUUAAUCAAACUGAGAAGAGGGAUUAAGCACAGUUUCUAUGCAAAAGCAGUCAAGCUACCUCAACACACGGUGCCUGUGAAUGCCAUGUGCUCUGUGUCUACCUGGGCCUACAAUCUAUGUGACGUCACCAAGGAACCUGACUCACUGCAAACUGUCAACGUCUCUGUAAUCUCCAAGGCUGAGUGUCAUAAUGCCUAUAAAGCCUUUGACAUCCGAGAAAACAUGAUCUGUGUGGGCAUCGUGCCAGGACGGAGGCUGCCCUGCAAGGAAGUCACGGCUGCCCCAGCUGUCUGCAAUGGGGUACUUUAUGGAAUAUUGUCUUAUGCAGAUGGCUGCGUUUUGAGAGCUGAUGUUGGCAUCUAUGCUAGCAUCUUUCACUACAUGCCCUGGAUUGAAAAUACCAUGAAAAAUAACUGAGCUCUCACAACAGGAGGAAUUCUGAAACAUGUGACAAAGCAUGUGCCCACAUCCAACCUCACAAUUAAAUGGGCUCAUUGGACCAUGAGAGGCACAGCG